GGCGCUAGGGGGAAAAGGUUGCUGCGUUCAAGAGGCUAGUCCGCAGCACGGAACGGUGUGACACUGGGGAUUCAAGCCCUCCCUGCAUUGCCUUUUCUCUGAGCUCCAGAUGAAGCGGAGACUUUGCAGACAAGAGCACCUAAGGAGGGAGAGCGGCAGCAGGAGGAGUUGGCGUUCAGCUGCAGAGCUUCACGUCUUCCCAUCCAUAGGUGGCCAAGCACCAGCAUUUUAAAGGUCUCCAUCUCCCUUUCCUGCCUUUAGACACUAAGGUAUUUAUGAGCCGCCAUUUCUUAUACUACUGCAGUGAACCUACCCUGGAUGUGAAGAUUGCCUUUUGUCAGGUGUGUGUUCCUUACAGGUAAAACAAGGGAUUCGGGAAACAAGUGGAUGUGUCAUAUAUUGCCAAAUAUUACAACAUGAGUAAAAGCAAAGUUGACAACCAGUUCUACAGCGUGGAAGUGGGUGACUCGACCUUCACAGUUCUCAAGCGCUACCAGAACUUAAAACCAAUCGGCUCUGGGGCUCAGGGAAUAGUUUGUGCUGCAUAUGAUGCUGUUCUCGACAGAAAUGUGGCCAUUAAGAAGCUCAGCAGGCCGUUUCAAAAUCAAACACAUGCGAAGCGAGCUUACAGGGAGCUAGUCCUCAUGAAGUGUGUGAAUCACAAAAAUAUUAUCAGUUUAUUAAAUGUCUUCACACCACAGAAAUCUCUGGAGGAGUUCCAGGAUGUGUAUUUAGUAAUGGAGCUGAUGGAUGCCAACUUGUGCCAGGUGAUUCAGAUGGAGCUAGACCACGAGCGAAUGUCUUACCUGCUCUACCAAAUGCUCUGCGGCAUCAAGCACCUUCACUCUGCAGGAAUCAUUCACAGGGAUUUAAAACCAAGUAAUAUUGUGGUAAAAUCUGACUGCACAUUGAAGAUCCUGGAUUUUGGACUGGCCAGGACCGCAGGCACUAGCUUCAUGAUGACUCCUUAUGUGGUCACACGUUAUUACAGAGCACCGGAGGUCAUCUUGGGAAUGGGCUACAAGGAGAAUGUGGAUAUAUGGUCAGUAGGAUGCAUUAUGGGAGAAAUGGUGCGCCACAAAAUCCUCUUUCCAGGAAGGGAUUAUAUUGACCAGUGGAAUAAGGUAAUUGAACAGCUCGGAACCCCCUGCCCAGAAUUCAUGAAGAAACUCCAGCCCACAGUGCGGAACUAUGUGGAAAACCGACCUAAAUACGCCGGCCUCACUUUCCCCAAACUCUUCCCAGACUCUCUCUUCCCAGCCGAUUCAGAACACAACAAACUCAAAGCUAGCCAAGCCAGGGACCUUUUGUCAAAGAUGCUAGUGAUUGACCCAGCCAAGCGGAUAUCAGUGGAUGAAGCCUUACAGCAUCCGUACAUUAAUGUCUGGUAUGACCCAGCAGAAGUGGAGGCGCCACCUCCACAGAUAUACGAUAAGCAGCUGGAUGAAAGAGAACACACAAUUGAAGAGUGGAAAGAACUAAUCUACAAGGAAGUAAUGAAUUCCGAAGAAAAGACUAAAAACGGUGUAGUAAAAGGACAGCCUUCUCCCUCAGGUGCAGCAGUGAACAGCAGCGAAAGCCUCCCUCCAUCCUCAUCCGUCAAUGACAUUUCCUCCAUGUCCACAGACCAGACCCUGGCGUCGGACACUGACAGCAGUUUGGAAGCUUCUGCAGGGCCACUCGGUUGUUGCAGGUGACUAGCCGCCUGCCUGCGAAACCCGACGUUCUUCAGGAGAUGAUGUAAUUUAGGGGAGGGUGGGGGAAGAAUCAUUGUGGUCAUAAAAGAAUUCGAUGAUGGCAAGGAAGGAAAAAAAAUUAAAGGAAAAACAAACACACAUGAUGAUUAAAUAAAACGAAACCCUUUCAGCCUGCUUCUCUUAAAAGAGUUAUGUAAAUGCAGCUAAGCUCAAGUGUAUAUUUAACUUAAUAGUUGCUCUGCUUUGGUCUUCUUCCAAUGAUGCUUACUGCAAAACGAGAAAAAAAGGGGAAAAGGAGCCUCUUUUCAUAAAUUUUUGCAAAACUUUAAUGGCUGCAAAACCAGCAAGCUGCAACUGUCCUUUUUCACGUUGGCAUGACAAGGUGGGCAGAACCCCAACCCUUUAUGUGUAUACAUGUGUGCAUAUCUAACCUUUUCUGCUUCUGUUUUCAGCAGAUGUACAGAAAACUGCACAUGUAUCUCGGUGUACAUACAUGCAAAUAUGCAUUUGAGGAUAUAUAUGCAGCUGUGUGUGUACAUGUAUCUAAAGAGCAAGGAGUCCGUAUGUGUGCACACAACCCACAAGUGGACAGCUGAACCUCCUGGGGUUUUUUUAAAUGCAAAUUUCAUCUGUAAUAUAAUUCUCAUUGUACAGCCUGUUUAGUUGGUCCUUGGGUUAAUUUAAAUAAGUAUGGGGGGAAGUCAAAACCGAAGCUCUCUCAGAAUCUUGAUGAUGUAGAGUCCUAUAUUCCGGCACUGUUUUUAAUAGCAGUUUGUUUGGAGGAAUAAUAGAGGAAGGAAGUUCAAUGGGAUUAUCAUUGUUAAAUGCUGAUGGAUUUCGAGUUGUUGCUGUUUUAUGAAUGAAUAUGUAUGUUGAGCUAGGGGAGUUGUCAGGAGAGAGGCCUGUUUCUGUUGAUGCAGGAUUCCGGACUAGAUGAUUCUCUAGGGGCUUCUCGGGCACCAUAUCUCCAGGAAGUCCCACUGCCUUGUGUGACUGCAUUCAUUUUUUAGAUAAAGGCUGUAAGAAAUGGAUCAAACUGGGUUGGCCAGGUGGCAAUCACAUGCCUGGGUCAAGCGGAGGUUGGCAAGUAGUUCCCUAAAUGAGGGGAAGUCAGAUUGUAGAAGUUCCUCCUCUUCAUCUGAUCUGAUCCUGGGGAGCUAUUAGGCAAGAAAGGUUGUAGACUUCUUCCUUUGUAGUGGUGUUGGGGAGCAGGCUCCUGAAUCAAGGCAGAAGUGAAAGAUGAAUGAUAUUGAGUGGAGGCAAACAGAACAACUGCAUUUCUUGUUCCCAAACCGUAUCAUUUAUUUGGUCACGAUGAAGGACCUCGAGGUGGUCACAGUCUGGAAGACCUUCACUAGAGAGAGGUUCUCUACAACAAGAACUGUUGCUUAUUGACAGAUAGGCUUCUCAUUGGGACUGCCUCUCUGUGUAGGUAGAAUGCUCCAGUUGCAGCGACAAGGCAAGGGAGUCAGAUUAAAAAG